UGAAAUAUACUCCUACCACGAAAAUAGCAAAAGUGAAAGCAAGGAUCAUUUGUAUUCAGGAACAGCAACAAGACAUGGCAAGAAAUAAAUUGCAGGAGGCAUUGUGCAAAUACAUCUCAGAUACCUUCAGCCUCAUCAGCACAGUGAGGGGAUUCUGUGAGUCAUCUUCUAAAUGGUUGGAUGAAAGGAAGACAGCAGUAAAAAACAUUCAGAGCAAAAAUAAUGUGGAUGGAGUGUUGAAAGAAACUUUGAGAGGUCUGGAGAAGCUGGAAGACUUCCUGGAUGCUGUGGAGAAGCUUGCAGUCACUUCCAAACACGUGUUCAUGAAUGGGAGAAAGAGACUACAACUGCCCAAGGAUAUCAGUCAUGUUCAGACUGUGAUCAUGGCCUCACAAUGUGUCGGUCCUCUACUCCUGGUGUUCAAAAGAGAUGCAAACAUGUUCUUUCUUCCAAAAGAGCAGAAUGUAGAAGUGCUGGCCAAUCAGCUGGACAAAUACAUUCAGACCACUCAGAAAAUCUGUCAGCAGUUUCAGGAGAGCCACAUCAGUGACCUUACGAUGAACAAAGACACCAAGGUCCAUGUGGAUGUCAGGUUUUCUGAACAUGACCUACUAACGAUGCUAGAUCACAUUAACCAGCUUGAUGAAAUCAGGGAGAACGAGCACUUCCGUAUGCUGUUCUUGUUUCAGGAAAUUUCCUAUGAUGACUUCAUGAUGGAGUUUAAGGAGCGACAACCAAGGAUGCUGCAGUCUCUAAACGAUCUAGAGGAGUGUGCUGUUCAGUUAGACAGAAUGAACACAGGGUCAAAGAUCUCCAGCAUAGCAGGAAGUUCAGUGGGAGCAGUGGGCGGUGCUUUGUCAAUUGCUGGGUUGGCAUUGAUGCCAUUCACAGCAGGAUUGUCCCUGGGUCUGACUAUCGGAGGGAAAGCGAUGGGAAUCACUAGUGGGGUAAAUAAUGCUGUCACCACAUUCACAGGGAUAGGAGUUAAUAGAAAAUAUGAAACCAAAGCCAAGGAAGUCCUUGAAAGUUUGAUGACAGAAAUGACGAGUCUCCAGACAUGUCUGGAGCAGGUGAUCUUCCAGCCAGUAAACAACAUAGAAGGCAGGCAUAUCGAGUCUUUGUGCACAGGAUCUUCUAAGGUUGUUUCUGUUGGAAAAAGUGUUCAUUCCCUGGCCAAAGAUGUUUCUGAUCUUAGAUUGAUAAAAAACAAAGAUGUGAUUGUAAGAGCUGGUGGGUGUGCAGGUGGCAGUACACGUUUGGCCUCCGAGACCCCAGAUGUUGGCCAGGCAGCACUAAAAGGGACUCUAACCACUGCCAAGAGUAUGAGAGUCGGUUUGAUUGCCCUCAAUUCUCUCUUCAUUGGCAUGGAUAUCUUCUACAUCUGUAAAGAGAGCAUUGAUCUGGCUAAAGGCAGCAAGACCGAGGUUUCAAAGUUUAUCAGAGCCAGAGCAGCUCUGUGGAGCUCAGAGAUAGAUUCAUGGAAGAAGAUCUAUGACUCUCUGUGUCUGGCUCAAAGGGAAUCAAAAAAGAAGAAAGCUGUCUUGGACAAACCAUUUUAUGUGAAGAACAAAAUGUGUUUUCUCUUGUAAGACCCAGUGAGCAGAUGGCAAACUGAUAAGAUGCCUAGAUUGUGGAAAAUAACAUGAUUAACAAAAGCUUUCUUUUUUUAAUCAUAGUAAAUAAACUUAAGGUCAGAAUAAUAACUAAAUGCCACAAGUCAAUUAAAGGGAUUUUUUACCCAUUCUUUAUUUGCAAUGGACAAGUCUAUAUUUUGAGAAUUGAACUAACAGAAAAAUGUACUAAACUGAAAAGAAUUACAAAUCAAAGCUUACAUCAUCCUAUAAAAUUUUUCUAAACUUACAUUUAAACCUCUUGUAACCUCAAAUACAUGUUGUCACCAGUGGAUGAUUAAACUAUUUAAGUCAAAAUGCUGUCAUUUUAAACUAAACACAGCAUUUGUCCCUUUCGAGUUCAUGCAGCUUAUGCACUCAAUGCUAAGGCUACGUAAAUGCGACAGCUCCCUGAUCAUUUAUGUUUCCUCUGGCAUGAUGGGAAAAAGAUCAGAUUUACUGUUUGAGCAUGUGUGGCUGUCACUGUGCUAUGGCGUCGGAGCAAAGAUGUGGAGAAAUCUUGGGCACCUCCUCUCUUAUAAACAAGGGCACCCACAGAUGAAGACAGCAUCUCCACUGAUGAAAAGGAUUACCAGCCAGUGCAUGACUCCUCUUCCUCAAGGGGUGAGGAUCAGGCAGAUGGUGGUCAAGAUCAAUCAGGUGAAGGCAGAGACUGUAGGAGAUAGUGUCUGCCUCCUGAUGCGAAGAUUAGGUGGGUUCUGAAGACCACCAUCUAAUAUGCCUUGGGAUUCCCCCGGAGGAGGUGGCCCAAGUGGCUGGGGAGAGGGAAGUCUGGGCCACUAGGCUUAGGCUGCUGCCCCAGAGUGACCCAAUCCGGAUAAGCAGAUCAUAAUGGAUGGAUUUUUAUACCUACCUUUUCUUUUUUUGUAUAUCUUGUUUUUCUUUUAUCUGUGUGCCAAAUGCACCAUUUGAGAGCCUUCCAAUUUUAUCGCAACCUCACGCAGAGGCAAUAAAAGCUUUCUGAUUC